AUACUCUUUGUAAGUAAGAAGAUAGAGCCAGUAACCUAGGACCAAAAUGGCGGGAACAAGCACUUCUUAGCGGGAAAAAACCCAACGACCUCACUUAAAAGCGCGGGAAACCGAAUCCCAAACGGCACAUCGACAGAGAGAGAGAGAGAGAGAGAGACUGUGAGAGCGAGUGAACUGGGAGGAGAGAGAGAGAGAGAGAGAGAAUCAGAUAUGGUGGGAGUAGCGUACGACUGUCUGGCGAACCCUCUCGGAGCGGUUCGAUCCACUUUCGCGAAGGCGAUUGCGUCGGGAUCCGACCCGGCCUCCUUCAGCGGCAAGGACUGGGGCGCCGUCGAUCUCUUCCGCAGUUUUCUCUACGACGACGGCGGCCUCUCUCAGGUGCCACUUCUGAAUUCUGCAAGUAUAAGAUGGGUUCAGCCCAACACUCUGGUUCGAUUUCGCGGAAUGAUACAAGACAUGCUGGGAAAUGAAUUCUACGUCGGUGCUUAUACGGAUGGUUCUGUUUGGAGGACCAACAAGUUUACCGAUGUUCCUCAAUUCCCCAUGGAUUCUAAGCCCGAUAUGCGAUUGUGGGAACGCCGUAUGAUCUAUUGCACACCGGUUUCAGAUGAUGGGAUUGAAGGUUCUUCUUCUCCCAAAAAGCUGAAAGAGAAUGGACAUUCUUCCCUUCCUACUCCAUCUCAGCAGUCAAUUACUGAGGGCACCAGCUCUAGUGUGAUUAUGGUGCCUGAUGUCGACAGGGAUUUGCUUCCUUGUCUUAUUAAGAUAUAUGAUUGUCCGGAGUCUGACUUAAAGCUAAAUGAGGUUUUUGAGUUUGUUGGAGUCUUCACUUUUGAUUCAGAAUUUAAAGAGGACAAGGAUGUAUCAGAUGAUUUCACAAAUGGUUUUAGCGAAGAUGUGUUGGUUCACUUGCCCCCUAAUAAGGUACCACGUCUCCACUGUUUUAUUCACAGGAAACUUGCAGUUCACGACUUCCUUCCUUGUUCCCCUACAAUCGAGCCAAAACCCAACGUGGUGAAAGAGAUCAGGGAGUCUCUCUUGAGGCACCUUACAGCUGUUCUUGGUAAUGAUGGCAUAGCUGCUAAUUUCAUGCUGUUGCAUCUCUUGUCCACGGUGCAUUCUAGAGUUGAAACUGUCGCUGUGGGGAAGCUUUCACUAAAUCUUAAUUGUUUAAGCAAAGAAAGUGCACCCGUGUUUGGUACUCGGAUUGGCCGUGCUCUCAAGAAUAUUUUACCUUUCACACAAUGUAUAUCCCUAACAGUGGAUUAUCUCAACACUGCUUCUCUUGCGCCAAGGAAGGAUUAUGAGACAAGCAGGCUGAUAACUGGAGCUCUGCAGCUGGCUGAGGGUUCACACAUGAUAUUUGAUGAGACCCGGUUGGAAGCUGGCAUUCUUAACUCUGUUGGGGUUGAAAAUGCAAGAUUGCUUAAAACUUUAAUAGAGUUGCAAAAGGUGGAAUAUGAUUUCAAGUUCUAUAAACUGGACAUGCCAGCAGACAUUCAAAUGGUUGUUCUUUCAGAAGGCAAAUCAAACAUUUUGCCAGCGGAUGUGGUGUUACCUUUCCACCCUUCUUCAGUGGCUUCUGUUGAAGUUACCGCAGAAGCACUAGAGGUUUGGAGAUGGUACUUGGCUACUCUUAGAUCAUUGCCACAUUCUAUUGAGUCAGAAAUACAGAAGGUGAUAGAAAAUGACUUGGUUGCGGCAAGGCAAGAAGAUAGGACACUGGGAACCCAAGAUUUCAGCAGAUUGCUGACAAUGGGUCGAUUGAUGUCUAUGAGUUUCGGUGAAACCUCCCUAUCAUUAGAACACUGGCAGAUGGUCAAGGAACUCGAGAGGUUAAGAAGAGAGAGACUCAAGUGAAUGUAAUAUUUACUACUGAGAUUUGUUGUUACCGGCCACAGUGCAGAUGUUUUUGUAAGAAAAUAUUGUGCCGUUAAUGUUAACAUGCUUAGCCAAUUUACAUCAAAUUUCAGACUCUUCAAAUUC